AUGGCCUUUUCAUUAGGAAGUAACCGUCUUCUCAACCAACCAUUGCUUCGGACAGAGGUAGAGGGUAGAGAUUUGGACGGCUUCGACAAUGCCGGGUUUUGGAGCCGACUCACAUUUCAAUGGCUGAACCCCCUUUUCAGCACGGGUCGAAAGAAAAAGCUCGAAUUGGGUCAUAUCCCUUCGGUUUCGCAGUCUGAAAGAGCGGAACACGCUUCAUUGUUGUUGGAGGAAUCUCUCAAGAAACAGAACUUUGCUCUAUGGACAUCGCUGGCGAAAAAUGGAGUACUGGCAGGAAUUAAUACACUAGCUUCAUAUAUGGGUCCUCUCUUGAUCACUAGCUUUGUGAAUUUCUUGUCGUCCAAGCGCAAAGAUUCAAGCUACCUCUUUGGACUGGUUCUUGCAUUCGUGUUCUUUUCUUCGAAGACUAUCGAGUCACUAACUCAAAGGCAGUGGUAUUUUGGUGCUCAGCGAAUUGGCAUACGCAUUAGAGCUGGCCUUAUGGCAUUGAUUUAUAUGAAGUGUCAAUCGAUCAAGUAUGCUGGUCUAAGCAAUGGGAAGAUCGUGAAUUUGAUCAAUGUGGAUGUUGAGAGAAUCGGGGACUUCUGCUCCUACAUUCACGGGGUGUGGUUGGUUCCGGUCCAAGUGUUUUUAGCCCUAGUCAUUUUGUACAGAAAUCUCGGUGCUGCCCCCACAUUUGCUGCUCUCUCUUCCACGGUUGUUGUAAUGGUUAGCAACACGCCAUUAGCGAAAAUGCAAGAAAGGUUUCAUUCAAAGAUCAUGGAAGCCAAGGAUGCUAGAAUGAAAGUGACCUCCGAGACUCUUAAGAGCAUGAGAGUACUUAAACUGCAUUCUUGGGAACCGACAUUCUUGAAGAAGAUUCUCCGACUCCGAGAGAUGGAGCAAAGUUUGCUGAAAAGGUACCUCUACACAUGCUCUGCAGUGGCUUUUCUCUUCUGGGCUUCGCCUACUCUGGUUUCGGUGGCUACCUUUGGCGCCUGCGUUGUCUUGAAAAUACCAUUAUCAGCAGGUACAGUUUUUUCGGCUUUGGCGACGAUCAGGAUCUUGCAGGAGCCAAUCUACAACUUGCCUGAGCUCAUAUCCAUGGUCACGCAAACUAAGGUCUCUAUCGAUCGUGUCCAAGAGUUCCUUAGAGAGGAUCACAAAAAGUUAUUGGCUCAUUCAUCCCCAAAACAAUCAGAUGUUGCUGUUGAGAUUGGGGCCGGUGAAUAUACUUGGUGUUCAGGUGAUGGAGCGUCAAAAAAACCUACAUUAAAAAUAUUGGAGAAGAUUAAUAUAAUGCAAGGUUACAAUGUUGCUGUUUGCGGGUCGGUUGGCUCUGGUAAAACGAGCUUGUUGUGUAGUAUGCUUGGUGAGAUUCCUAGAAUAGCUGGGGAAGCAAUAAGGGUCAAUGGAACGAAAGCAUACGUACCACAGAGUGCUUGGAUCCAAACCGGAAGUGUCAGAGAGAACAUCUUGUUUGGCAGGAAAUUCGAUUCUGCCUUCUAUGAGAAUGUCGUGGAAAGUUGCGCAAUGAAACAGGACAUCCAGAUGUGGAGCGAUGGGGAUUUGACAGCUAUUGGCGAAAGAGGGAUGAACUUGAGCGGAGGACAGAAGCAGAGGGUUCAACUAGCACGGGCAGUCUACAGUGGUUCCGAUGUUUAUUUUCUGGAUGACCCUUUUAGCGCCGUCGAUGCACACACUAGAACUCAUCUGUACAAGAAAUGUCUCAUGCAAAUGCUGUCUCGGAAGACUGUUAUCUAUUCCACCCAUCAGUUGGAGUUUUUAGAUGCCGCCGACCUCAUUCUUGUUAUGAAAGAUGGCUGUAUAGUUCAGUCAGGGAAGUAUGAAGAUCUGAUUGCGGAUCCGCAGGGUGAACUUGUUAGGCAAUUGUCUGCUCAUAGACAAUCUUUAAAUCAAGUGAACCCAGCCCAAGAAGACAGGACAUCGUCCAUCAAGCCAUGCCAAGCGAGCAAAAUCGAAAUCAUGGAAGAAAACUCUGAGGAGCACGUUAAAAACAGAAAUCUUUGUAAUAAAACACAAGAAGAAGAAUCGGAAACUGGCCGUGUGAAAUGGAGCGUCUACUCAAACUUUGUGAUUUGUGCUUAUAAAGGUGCGCUGGUCCCAAUUAUUCUUCUUUGCCAAGUUCUCUUUCAAGGAUUACAGUUGGCCAGCAAUUAUUGGAUUGCCUGGGCGACCGAGGACAAUGGCAGGAUCAGCAGAGGAAAGCUGAUUGGAGUAUUCAUCUUGCUGUCUGGUGGGAGUUCGAUUUUUAUUCUGGGACGGGCAGUUCUGUUGUCGACUAUUGCCAUAAAGACUGCUCGACAUCUCUUCCAUGUUAUGAUUUCUUCAGUCUUCCGUGCACCCAUCUCGUUCUUUGACUCCACCCCUUCAAGCCGAAUUCUUGAUCGGUCUUCCACGGAUCAAAGCAGAGUGGACACAGACAUUCCCUACCGAUUAGCAGGGCUGGUGUUUGCUCUAAUUCAGUUGUUAAGUGUAAUCGUCCUAAUGUCCCAGGUGGCGUGGCAAAUUUUUGUUCUCUUCCUUUUGAUCCUCGCUAUCUCCAUGUGGUAUCAGGCUUAUUACAUCACCACGGCCAGAGAACUGGCCAGGAUGGUUGGGAUACGAAAGGCUCCAAUACUUCAUCACUUCUCGGAAGCAGUCACAGGGGCCGCACUAGUUCGAUGUUUCAACCGGGAAGAUGAUUUCUUGAGGAGGUGUCUCAGCUUAAUCGACGAUUACUCUCGCAUAGUUUUCCAUAACAGCAGCACUAUGGAAUGGCUCUCCGUUCGGAUAAACUUCCUCUUUAAUUUUGGUUUCUUCGUCGUCCUGAUCAUCUUGGUGAGCCUCCCCAGGUCGGUUGUGGAUCCCAGCUUGGCUGGGCUAGUGGCGACAUACGGCUUGAACCUAAACGUGCUCCAAGCAUGGGUCAUAUGGAAUCUGUGCAAUGUUGAGAACAAAAUGAUCUCGGUCGAGAGAAUUCUUCAAUUUACCAACAUACCAAGCGAAGCUCCCUUGGUGAUUGAAGAUUCCAGGCCGAACCCUGAAUGGCCUUAUGAAGGAAAAAUCGAGCUUCAAGACCUCAGCAUCCGAUAUGCUCCUUCUCUCCCAGUGAUCCUCAAGGAGAUCACCUGCACGUUCCCUGGAGGGAAAAAGGUCGGAAUUGUUGGACGAACGGGCAGCGGAAAGUCCACUCUCAUCCAAGCGUUGUUCAGGGUGGUCGAACCAUCAGGAGGGCGGAUAUUUAUUGACGGGGUCGACAUCUGCAAAAUUGGUCUGCAGGACUUGAGGUUGCGGCUGAGUAUUAUUCCACAGGAUCCAAUCCUAUUUCAGGGCAACAUUCGGACAAAUUUGGAUCCUCUGGAAGAGCAUUCAGACCAAGAAAUCUGGGAGGUUCUUAACAAAUGUCACCUAGCAGAGAUGGUAAGGCAGGAUCCAAGGCUUCUUGAUGCACCAGUUGCCGAGGAUGGAGAAAAUUGGAGCGUCGGGCAAAGACAACUGGCUUGCCUUGCUAGGGUGCUUUUGAAGAAGAGAAGGAUCCUGGUUUUGGAUGAGGCAACGGCUUCGAUUGAUACGGCCACCGAUAACCAGAUUCAGAGGACUAUCAGGGAAGAGUGUGGUGAUUGCACUAUCAUUACUGUUGCUCACCGGAUUCCCACUAUCAUUGAUAAUGACCUGGUUUUGGUUCUCGAUGAUGGCAAGAUAGUCGAGUAUGAUUCGCCGAAGCUCUUGCUAGAGAAUAAGUUCUCUUCGUUCUCAAAGUUAGCAGUCGAGUUUGUUAGGAGAUCAUCUAGUAAAAGCUGCAAUUGGGAUCUAUCUUGAGGAACGUAAUUGAUAGACCAAGACAAGGAGUCUUUUUUCCUUCAAGCUGCUUAUCGAGCUGGUCAUAACACCACUCCAUCCUGGCCAUGCGGGUCCACGGGAUUUGUGACUGUGUGCUCCCGUCUCCUUCUUUGACUCCAUGCCUUCAAGCCGAAUUCUCGAUCAGUUUGCACGAUCAUGGAAACGAGCUAAGGCAAAUGCCGGAAGUAGCCACCGAAUGUAAUUUCCCAAGGGAACCCAGCCCAAGAAGACAGGACUGGCGUGGCACGAAUAUAAAGAGCAAAGCCCGCCCACGUCAAAAGCGACAGCUUCAUGAAAGGUCUUUGGUUCCGCACGCAAAAAACGACGGCCGUACAGACUAAAGCGACCGGGGACACUGAACCGGCUAAAGUCUCUCUGCCUCUGCCUCUGCCUCUGCCUCUGCCUCUGUCUCUGUCUCUGUCUCUGUCUCUGUGUCUCUCGUAUAGCUUCCUUGACUUGCUUGCUCUGAAGCUUGAUUGGUUGAUCAUUAACGAUAAGUACAUUUGAUAUCUGCAUCGCAAGUUCGAGAAGGUCUUCUUCAGAAGAAUGUGUAAGACAUCACUUUAUUCAGGGCAUAAAUCAUUCUGAAAAGGAAUCAAUGCUU